AUGUAUCAUGCAGGGUGUGCGUCGUGGAACCAUUUGCUCCCCGAGCCGCAGUCCUCAACGCCGGCCACCUGCUCCGCAGUGAAAAUGACGGCGCCAAUGCCAUUUCACAACAGAGCGAGGGAGAAGGAAGAAAAUGGCAGCGAGCCUGUCGCCCAAAUUACGGCAAACGACUGGGAAACAGAAGCCCUCCGCCGAUACAGAAGACUAAAGAGCAGUCUGACAAGCAUCUCCUCACAGCCCGAGUACCUCUCGUCCAGUGCGAGCAAUGGAGCUCUUUUGCAACUGAUACUGCGCUCUAAACUGUUACCAAUCACGGAUUGGUGCGAAUGUGCGCAAGUGAUGGGGAGUUGGUUUCAAGGGCCCAGGCCUCUCCCUCUGGAGCUGCUUUCCUACGUUUUGACUCAUCUUAUCAUGACACAUAAAUUGACGCCACACAGAGCCGCGAAAUGGAUUUUGGACCUGAGCAAAGUACUUCUUGCUGGGGAUACCGAUGCCGGUGAGCCAUGUGGUUUGAUUCCCAUCAGGAGUUGGGACGUCGCGACGGCGUUGGAGCGUUCCGUUUACAUUUUGCAGUCCACGGAACCCUCAUCGUUUAAUAUCAUCUCCGCCGUGCUGCUUGACCUUCUGCUGGAUGAAAUACUCCCAGGAGGAGCUGCGCCAGAGUCGUGGGGACUUCUACCCCUCUGUUUUCUUUUAAAACGCAACAAGGAAUUCAUGCAGUCCGAGUGGGAAAGGGACAAGAAACGGCAUUGCGCUCGCAUGAAGCGUGCGUGCAUACCGGGAUGUGAACUUCCCAUGCACAUUGUGGCGGUCCUCACUGCCGUCGUGUGA